AUGGUCGAACUCCGCAAGCGCAAGACGCCCCCGCCGGCGCCCGAAAAGGCAACCAAGAAGAAGUCCGCUGCGCCCGCAAAGGGCUCCGGCGCAAACACCAAAGCGCCCAAAGCCGCCAAGGGUAAGGCCGCCGCUGCCGCUGAGCCCGUCGAAGAGACCCUCCCCGACGCGCCGCCCGCCGACGCGCCGCCCGCGGAAGCGCCUGCAGAGACGAAGGUCGACGACCUCGAGACCCACGCCGACGCCAAUGGCGCGGAGGCUGCGCCCGCUGAGUCCGCUGCGCCAGCUGCGCCGAAGCCGAGCGGCGGCGUGCCCGCUGCUGGAGGCACGAUUGAUCUCGAGGGCUUCGGCGGUGAGGUCGAGACGAACGAUGGCGCGAAGACGACGUUGAAGCAGCUGGUUGAGGAGAGCAAGGCUGGAGUGGUGUUGUUCACGUACCCGAAGGCUUCGACGCCUGGUUGCACAACCCAAGUCUGCCUCUUCCGCGACGCCUACGCCCCCCUCACCGCCACCGGCCUAGCCAUCUACGGCCUCAGCACCGACACCCCCAAAGCAAACACGGCCUUCAAGACCAAGCAAAACCUGCCCUACCCGUUGCUCUGCGACCCCAAGGCCGUGCUCAUCAAGGCCAUCGGCAUGCACAAGCCGCCCAAGAGCACCAAGCGCGGCGUCUUCGUCGUCGCCAAGGACGGCAAGGUCUUGGCGGUUGAGGGCGGCGGCCCGGCGGCCACGGUCGAGGUUGUCAAGAAGGUGGUUGAAGAGAUGGGCGGGAGUAAGGCGGACGAGGGGAUCAAGAAGGCGGAGGAGAGGGCGAAGGAAGAGGGGGACAAGGAGAUGGCUGAUACGGCUGGGGAUGUUGCGGAUACGGCUGAGGGGCUUGAUAAGUAG